CAUCUCAAAUAUUACUUUACCCUCUCGCUAUCUCCUUCAAAACUUCCCCUGCAAUGAGGAAAACCUCAUACGCAGCGACUUUUGUCGCUGUUCUCGCCAUUCUUAUCAUCAAUAUUUUAUCUUCACGUCUCCCGGAUUGGCUUAUUGCUAGAUAUGACAUCGCGAACACACACGUUACAGUUCGCUAUGGCUUAAACCAACGUUGCGAGUCUUCUACCAUCAGCAUUCCCGGUCCCAGCAAAGGACGUCUGGAAUACGCCGACUACGAAUGUCGCCAGUUUCCCCUCCGCGUACAAGACAAAUGUGAAAAAGAAAACCGCCUGUUCUGUGCUCUCUGGACCUCUGCUCAAUACUUCACCGAGCUUGGCAAUGGUUUCGCAGGAAUGGGUCUCGUUGCUUUGGUCAUCGGCGUGAGCACGCACUCCAGAAGGAGAAGGGUUUGGAGAGCGGUGGCUGGGCUAGUCAUAUUACACGCUGUGUUCCAACUGGUGACGUUUAUCCUCGUCACCGAGCUGUAUCGCAAGAACCGUUUCCCGGGAUUCGAACACGCUAAGCCUGGUGUUGGCUACGUCUUAAACGCCGUUUCUUGGGUUUCAGGUUUUGCUGUAGGGGCUGGCGUCAUCAUAACCGGAGUUGCUGCGGACCGCGGCCAGAAGUGGGCCGCCGGUAACAGAUCAAACACACCAGUCCAGGGUUAUCGUCGCAGAUUAUACAAACCCGUUCAAAAUUAUGGUUCAAAUGUAUAGUUCGUUUCUUACUCUCUACGAACACACGACGAAUCGGACUCGGCUUCGGUUUUCUUUGUACUAUAUUUGGAUACCUCUGCACUUAGUGUAUGCACGCAUUUUGUAAAUAUGUUCAUUGAACGAGUCGCUCUCUCACUUAAUCAUAAA